UGCCUGUGGCAUGCAGCAAAAAUAUUAAAUGAAUUAAAAAAAUGACCCCAAGAAUGCAACUCCCUCUGAUCUCAAACUGAUAUUGCUUUAGAAUUCGUGCAGUCAAACAUUGACAGCUAGUAUAUACAAAAUGAUCGAGGUUUAUGAUAUGGUAACGGUACUUUUUCUAGAGUAAAACGAUAACGGUACUAGGAGAUUGCUCAGGAAAAGUAUAUUCAUAUCAUCAUUCUUUCUUAUUUUCAACUAAAAUAUAAAUCAAAAAAGUAAUGUUCGGUUUGGCUAUGCUAUGCCUCAGCAAUCUGGACAACCAGGGUGACGAUGUAGGUUAAGUUCUUCCUUGGGUUAGCUACCAAGUCUGACAAAAUCCUCACUUGGAUAAGCUCAUCAGGCAGCAUCCCCAUGACAAACAUGAUCUUUACGGAUUGGUGGUCCUAUAUGAUCGCCACGGCACCAACAGUUUUACAAAAGGGAGUAGUUUCCAUAACGCCUUCAUUGCUUGGUCAAUCUGGAAGCAGCGGAAUCACUUCAUCUUCAACAGAAACCAGCCAAAUGUGCAGCUGCUUGUUAGCAUUAUGGUGGAAUAAGUUCAAGUGAGUUUAACAAGUUCUCAGUUCUAGUAGCAUGUCUCAAUGUAAUUUUUUCAAAUAAAACAGAAAAAUAUGAAAUAUGCUUCCUGCUGCACGAAUUUGCAGAACAGAUGUAACGUACGUAGAGCUUUGCUCUAUGGGGAAAGAAUUAGAUGAGAGUCUCACGAUGCUUGAAAGGGCACGUGUAUAGUGAGGUAGCUCGAUCUGAGAUCUCGAGCAGGACCUACGACAACUACGUUAAGCUGGUGAGGCAACUAAUAAAAGGCGCACAACAAAGUUAGUACUCCCUCAUUCACUAAAUGCAUGCCAUUCUAGCAUCUAACAUUGGAACUAUAACAUGAAAAACAGUGACGGGUUGUGAGAUAAAAACUCGAGCAGGACCUACGACAACUACGUUAAGCUGGUGAGGCAACUAAUAAAAGGCGCACAACAAAGUUAGUACUCCCUCAUUCACUAAAUGCACGCCAUUCUAGCAUCUAACAUUGGAACUAUAACAUGAAAAACAGUGACGGGUUGUGAGAUAAAAACAAGAGAUUCAAUUGUACAAUGCUCAAAAACAAUUUCUAGAAAGAAAACCAGGCGUUUUUCUAUCUUCAGUUUAUACAAGUGUUAAAUCAACAAGGACCUAUGUAAUAUGAUCGUAGAAGUAGCUCAAGAUUAGUUUGUUCAACUAGUUUACUUCGUAAAGUAAUUCAACAAUAAUAAAAGAAUGCAAACCACAUACAUGACGGGCGUGUUUGGUUGCCUGCAUGAGGCCCAACCAGGUCCGCGCGGGAAGAAAACGACCUGUUUGGUUGGCUGCAUACACUGUUGGGCCUGCAUGGCACGAUGUUUAAAGCACUCCUGGGCCUGGCUCCCUGGGAACGCUCGAAUCGGCAGUUUCUCCAGAGCCAGGCCCGAGCGGUGCACGUGGGCGGCGGUGGCUGCACGCGCGUGGCCACGCUCGAGAAGCCGCGUUGCUUCCCGAAGCGCCGGCAGUUAUUAGCCUCACCGCUCCAUCUCCCCACUCUCCCAAUUCUCACUGGCGGCGGCGGAUCGGAGGAGAGCAAGAAGACCACCAGACUCCAUCACCGGUGAGCGGAUCAUCACCUGGCCCGCGGCAAUGGCGAUCGAGGAGAGCAAUGAGAUGGGCACGAAGGUGCUCCCGGCCGUUGACAACAAGGACAAGCAGCCGGUUCAUCCAAUGCCCGAGGUGGUGCUGCCGCCCACCGCUGAGGAAGAACCGAAGACGCCAACGGUUGGCGACGACGAGCGCAUGGAGGAGCCCCCCAGCAGCAAGCGCCGCAACUACGACCACUACCAUGAGGAGGAUGGCCCAACUCACUUCUGCAAGGUCAUCGUUGCACCGGAGCUUGAGUGCAUCCCCAUGCCCCUGGGCUUCACCAAGCACUUCGUCGCGGUGCCGACGGAGUUCAAGCUGAGGAACAACACCGGCUGCUCCUGGAGGGUGACGGUGAAGCUGAUGAACGACAGGGUGACCUUGGAUCAGGGUUGGGCCACCUACGCCGCAGUUCAUCAGAUCAAGAUCGGCUAUAUGGUGACGUUCAAGCUCCUGACUGCCGACACCCUCAAGGUCAUCAUCUUCGACGACGAUGGCAUUGAGGUGGUCAACAAGUGCGGGAAGCACGACGAAGCCUUCGCCGCCAGGGACUAGGGCCCGGGCACCUCCUUCCUUAGUACUAUCGAGUCUGCUUUAUGGUUUAUGUGUUGAACUGUUUGAACUAUCAUUAUGAUUUAUGGUACUAUGUUAUCUGAA